AUGAAGGUGUCGUGUGAGUCCGGGGACGGGGGCUCUCUAGGCCGGGCCUGGAAGCAGAUGUCCUGGCUGUACUACCAGUACCUGCUGGUCACCGCGCUCUACAUGCUGGAGCCCUGGGAGAGGACCAUCUUUAAUUCCAUGUUGGUCUCUAUCGUUGGCAUGGCCCUGUAUACAGGAUAUAUAUUUAUGCCUCAGCACAUCCUUGCAAUUUUGCACUACUUUGAGAUUGUUCAAUGA